AUGACUUCAUUACCACGCUUCAUUCUUCACAGUCGAGACACUUCCGACUUUGCAGAUAGCGAACCGUCAUAUUCUGACUCCAUGCGGCACCUCCUAUUUACAUUCUUUACUCUUCUUCUGUUGGCUUCAGUCUGUGCCCUAACCUUGUUCUUGCUGCGGCGGAGGCGGUUAGCGAAGGAGCAAACCUUGUUGCCAACAUACCAACCUCAGUCGUCACAUCAUCGGUCGCCUUCAGUCAGCCAUUUCAAUACGCAAAACAAAAAUGAAUCCAUCUUCGUCUACGACGAAAAGAUGAACCUGAUCCACAACUCCUCCAGUCCACCUUCCUCUGCCGUGCCCGAAAUCCACAUUACAUUUCCCGACGAGGAUGGCAAACCUGGCAGCAAUCAAAAAGACCGUGUUGUUGUCGUCCACAUCACCGACUCGGGAAGUGUUGGCAUGGAACCUCUCAACCAGGAAACUCUUCCGCCUUACCAGAAAGAAGAUGGCGGCCGCUUCCAAUCACUCGAUCUUGAGAGAAUAGGUGGGUUAAAAGAAAAAGAACCUUCGGGGCAAAGGUGGUCGUAG